AUGUUCAUGUUUCGUCAAGCCUCACGCCUCUUGGGUCGACCCCCUUGCCCGAGCAGGAUCCGAGCCUUGUGCACAGAGGUCCCGGCGGCCAAUCCCAACGCCGACUCAGCCUUCAUCGAGUCAUGGAAGAAAGUGAUACCAAUCAUGGACCCACCCAAAACUCCAUCAACCUAUAUGGAGCCCCGCCCUCCCACCCCUUCUUCUCUCCCUUCCAAACUCACCAUCAACUUUGUCCUCCCCUACUCCUCUGAGCUCUCUGGCAAAGAGGUUGACAUGGUUAUGGUACCAGCAACAACUGGACAAAUGGGUGUUUUGCCUGGCCAUGUAGCAACAAUCGCAGAGCUUAAGCCCGGUAUCCUCUCGGUGCACGAAGGGAGCGAAGUGACCAAGUAUUUUGUGAGCAGUGGGUUUGCUUUUAUUCAUGCAAAUUCUGUUGCUGAUAUAGUUGCUGUGGAGGCUGUUCCAAUUGACCAGAUUGAUGCAAGCUUAGUGCAAAAGGGACUUGCAGAGUUCACCCAGAAGCUCAGUUCAGCCACAACUGAUUUGGAGAAAGCUGAAGCGCAGAUUGGGGUUGAUGUUCAUAGUGCUCUCAACUCUGCUCUCACUGGUUGA